AUGAGUACAGCAGUUGCUAUCGGCAUUGGUUUAACUGUUGUUGGAUUCGCAGGCCGUUAUAUUGCUCGGCAUGGUAAAACAAUAGCAGAAAAUUUAACGAAGACAACAGGUGUUCUUGCUGAAGGACUUUCAUCCAAGUAUUAUAAAGGUGGAUUUGAUCCAAAAAUGAAUCGACGUGAAGCAGCACUUAUAUUAGGGAUAAGUCCAACAGCAAAUAAAGCACGAAUACGUGAAGCAUACAAACGAUUGAUUAUCCAAAAUCAUCCUGAUCGAGGUGGUUCACCGUAUGUUGCGGCGAAAAUCAAUGAAGCCAAGGAUUUCUUCGAAAGUGGUGCCAAAUGA